AGCCGCGGUCGCUGCCGCGUAAAGUUGGGGCAAUGGUGGAGCGGCUGCUGCUGCGGGCGCGGCGGGGCGGUCCUGGGACCCGCUCGGUGUCGCUCCGCGGGCUCCGGCUGCAGCGCGUACCCCGGGGCCUGGCGAGCUUCCCGGGGCUGCGCGCCCUGAGCCUGCGCGACAACGAGCUGCGCUGUCUGCCCGCGGAGCUGGGCGGCCUGAGCCGGUUGAGGGAACUAAAUUUGGGAAACAAUAUCUUUGAGGAAGUUCCAGAACAGCUGAAAUAUCUCAGUUCACUGCAAAAGCUUCACUUGUUUGGAAAUAAGAUUACUACAAUAUCGCCCACAAUAUUUGAUGGAUUAGAAAAAUUGGUACUUCUCAAUCUGAACAACAACAAGCUUAAAUAUCUUCCUCCAGAAAUACACAGGUUAGAAAAUCUUGAAAACAUGAAUUUAAACAAUAACCAGCUGGAAAGUGUUCCCAAAGAGCUAUGUUCCUUGCAAAAGCUCUCUGAACUCCAUCUAUCUCACAAUUGUCUCAUCACAAUACCUGAAGAGAUUGGAUACAUGACGAAUCUCAGAAUGCUGUGCCUGUCAAGAAACCAAAUAGGAGUGCUCCCUGACGGCCUUUGCAAACUGAGAAAACUAAGAAUUCUAGAUGUAGCAGGGAACAAAAUUCAGAUUUUCCCAAUAGCAAUGGAGGACCUUAUGCUGAUGGAACUUUACUGUGAAAAUAAUCCAUUGCUCCAGAAACAGCCUGUUUCUGCCAUACAAGAGGAAGAAGUUUGGUCUCUUAAGGAAAUAGCGGCAAGAUUUAUUUUCAGUCAGUUAACCAAAGAGGACUCCAUUCUACAUACUGCAGUAAAGCAGAACCUGGAAGCAUGCAAUAUACUUUCCAAAAAACAAGAGUGUGCUCAGUGUGGGCAAGGAUUCCUGAAUAUGUGGCUGGAAUGUGUACGUUUUGUGAAUGUAAGACAGAAAAUGAAGAUAAGCAGAAACGUGCACCUCUUGCCUGUAAGGACAUUGCUGUGCUCUUACAAAUGCUUUAACCAUCCUGGCCAUGGAUUCUUUGGAAUUGCUGUACCAUAGAGCAGGCAAGGAAUUCACUCAGUACAUCAAUCAGAUCGCCCUCUUUGGUAUUGUUUACCCUUACCCGAGAGCUAGUUCUUAGAGUUCAGUAUUGUGUCUGUUCUCAAUGUAAAAUGUAUAUUAUGGAGAGAUAAUGAAUUACAAAGAAAUGAUCUCCAUGUACAUAAUUAUUCCGUUCAACUGUGUGAUGCUGAUGUUUUUUGGCAGACUUAACACAGCUUCUAAAAGUGGAUGAAUUAAACCAAUGACAUUGUUUAAA